GCCGAGAAACGUAAACGAGUCGGUUUUCGCUCGAAGCGUUCGUCGGGGUCACAAGCGUCAAUAAUACGAUUUAACGUGGCGGAGGAGACAACAGAGGCAGUCGUGGACGGCGCACAAGCGACGAACUCGGCCACACAUGCCACGCCCCUUGGCAAAGUCACCACAUCUCCUGCCAAACAACUUGUUACAAACGUUAGUGAUGAAGAGAACCGAGCAGUAGCGAAAAGAGAGAGCGAAACAGCGACGAAAAGCAAGACUAGGACUAGACACGUCGCUCCUCUCUUCCCUGAGAGCGUCGACGGCGACCUCGACUUGUUCGACGGGCACAGGGCAAUGCUGGAAGAGAGCGAGACCAGCGACAUGAAAUUCACGCCGAGCUCUGACGCUUCGAGUCCGCGCGAAGGCUCGUGUGAACCAGUCGAGUCUCAAUCAGAGGACGGCAGAUUGACUGACUCCCUACCGGAUGGGGGUUGGGAUGAUGCUGAGUGCGGACGUACGCGUGUCGACACCUCGCCAGACGUCGGCGUCGUAGACACAUUGUUGACCAGUGAAAUUCUUGAUAGACGUCACGCCCAGAUGGAUGUCUUCCUGGAGAGAGUCGAUUUUUCGAGUUCGUCUGUUGAGGAUGGGAGUCGGAGUGUUGUGAUGCAUCGAGAGGUUGAUGAUGUUAGUCUGUCAUCCGAACAGGAUUGUGUAGACGGUCAGAAGGAUGGAGACAAAUUUGUCAGCGAGCAUCCAUUGGCGUUUAGCGUUGAGCCGUCUUCGGAUGAGACCGAAGACGACUCGGAAUUUACGAAAGAGUCAGAGUCGGUUGUGAUCGUGGACGACCAUUAUAAACAGACUCCUGUUGUGACGACUCCUCCUCAAGUCAGGAAAACAGCUAGAAGUAUUCCGCCUGCGCGGCCACCGCCGCCGUCGAAAGUCGUAUCUAAAGACAAAGUUUCAGACGUGAAAGACGGAUCGAAAAAUUAUGUUAAAAUUGAGGAAAAUGUUAAACCUCUUGAUGUGUCAUACUGGUCUUUCCGGUUUCAGGGUCUUCUGGUGUUCUCCAUGUUGAUAUUCGUAUUCAACUUGAUUAAUUCGUCGGUGUAUUUGUCUGGUGUAUUCGAUGGUAUCGUAUGGGUGUUUCUGAUGGCGUGUACUCUGUUGUAUCAAUACGUACACGAAGAUGAGGAACCAUAUCGCAGUCGGGCGCCGUCGAUGAAACUCCCUGUACCCGUGGUAUCACAGAAGACACGCAGUGCGAUGACACCACAUCGUUGUAUUGAAGCCGAGUUUACUGCUAUUCGUGUCUAUGACGGUCCGCUCCUUCACCAACCGAGCAUGACGACGAAAGUCCACGUGAUCAUGGACGGUCAUACCAUGCACAUUUCAGCUAUUCGUGACAUGCACAUGAGUUUUCAUCGGAUGAUGGACGAGGGGUACGGAGACGACGACGGAGAGCGAGUGACUAAUACAAAAGUGUUAGACGUGCGUGACGCUACCGUCCAGUUGGCUCCGUUUGAUCUAAGCCGAAAGCAACGUUUCAGUAAGAAAUUUCCUAUGAAGGUGACGUUCAAGUACAGCCUUCCGGACAUCUGUGUAAGUCUUAGUUUACGACACACGCACGUAGCACAUCAGAGAUCGAGACAUAUUCAAGGCGACGAAGACCGCGUGUUAUAUCUGUUUGCUCCGACUAGUCGUGACAAAGAGAUGUGGUUCUGGCGUCUACAACUGGCUUGUAAUACGCUCGACUCGGAGUCGGCUGACGUCACCACAUCGCCACAGUUUGAGAAGUAUGCCAACUACAUGUGCCAUUUAAUCACAGAUGCUGGUACUCGACCGACACUAUCUAAGAGAGCAACACCCGGACAAGCAUCGAGACGGAAGAGAAAACAACAACAAGCGCAACGACUGAACGAUCACAGACCACAGGAUGCGUCGGCUGAUGUCAAGCAAGCGGAGCCGUCGACGAUCGACUGGUUCAACGCUUUCAUUGGUCGUCUGUUCUGGGAUGCUUGGAAUGAGAGGUACCUACGCGAACGUCUUCAUCUGAAGUGGCAGCACAAGUUAAACAAAACAAAACGGCCGUCAUUCAUGCGGCCUCUCACAAUCACGGACCUUAGUCUGGGAGGUCACCUACCGACUGUCACGAAUGCAUAUCGACCAUAUGUAGAUGAACGUGGAAUAUGGCUCGAGCUAGACCUUGACUACAAGGACGGCACGUUCUGUAUCACAUUGGAAACGAGUCUACAGUUCGUUCCCAGCGACGAUAAAGAUGCAGCAACACAUACUGAUGGUGGGGGCAUCACGUUGGGUAGUAUUAGCAACUUUUCCAAUGACAACGUAAAUGCACAUGCCAAAUGCAGGAUGAAAAAACGUGUGGUAGACAGCGAUAUCGACAGUGGAGCUGAAGAUGACGAAGAUAGGACAACAAUAGAUGAGACAUCUCUCAUUAUCGCUCCUCCCGAGCCCAAACCGAAAUCAGAAUCAAAGGAUACUGAAAGCAUAGCCGCAGCAGUGCAGGACUCGGAGUCGAAGUCGGCGAUAUGGCGGAUCGCCGACAAGGUAUUGCAGUCUCGCAUCGUCCGUAAAGCCGUUCAGACUCGAUUGGGACAACGAGUUACCGAGAAAGUCAACAACAUUUCACUGGUGCUCACCAUUCAAAUCACGUCACUGCGAGGACGACUGUUAGUCAACAUGUCGCCACCACCAACCGAUAGAAUAUGGUACGGCUUCAAAACAAUGCCCGAAAUGACAAUGAUACCAACCCCCAAGGUGGGAUCGAAAAUGUUCAACUACCAUAAGGUCACCGAAUGGAUCGACCGAAAGUUAAGAAAAGAAUUUGAGAAGCGUUUGAUUUUUCCCAAUAUGGAGGAUCUAGUCAUUCCCAUAUUGGAGUCCGGGAUUGACCAAUCCCAACACAUUGUGGCUGCCGAGACGUAGUCGGUCGUAUUGCUGUAUCUCUGCACCUCACUUUUAUCAUCACCGGUUAUAACUACUUUGCAUACUGUUGUUCUAAUGUACAAAGAAUAAGUUUGUAUACAUUCAACAACUUUUGUAUGUUGUGACAGUUGCUGUAUAUUGAACACUAUAUUAUAUCAUAUUUUCAAUAAACCUCUAUAUAUAUAAAGAAAU